AUGCCGAAAAUGACAAAUGGCAUGGCGGAGAGGCUAUCUCCAGCCUUCCUUCAACGACGUCGCGAGCGAUAUCUCCAUGCGUAUAAUGGGGGCGGAGUGAGGUUGGCGAUCAACGGUGGAGUCUUGCCAAGCCCGCUUGCGGGUAGCGGAGAGCGCGGCUUGGCGCUUCCUUUGGCGGUUGCAGAUCUUAGCGGCGCUGCGUACUACCCGGUUGGGGAUAGUGUCGCCUCCCUCAGCCGCGCAAAGGACGACGUCGUUCUUCUCUGGCUUGCUGACUCCAUCUAUAUUUGCCCCUAUUGCUACCAAGCCUUGCAGUAG